GCCGAGCCUGGCAGAGCCGCGGCGGAGCGCGGAGCGGCGGGCGCACCGCCGGGCAGCGGGCAGGGCGGUGGCAGUGCCGAUCUUAAAAUCUCAAGUCAUGUAUUUCCUCGGACUGUUGUCUUUGCUUGUGUUGCAAAGUGAAGCCUUCAAGACCAAUUUCCCCGAUGAAACCAUUGCUGAGCUCUCUGUGAACAUUUACAACCAGCUGAGAGCCACCAGGGAAGAUGAGAACAUCCUUUUCUCUCCUCUCAGCAUUGCCCUGGCCAUGGGAAUGGUGGAGCUGGGAGCCCAUGGAACCACUUUGAAAGAGAUUCGACAUUCCUUGGGGUUUGACAGCUUGAAAAAUGGUGAAGAAUUUACCUUCCUGAAGGACCUUUCUGACAUGGCAACCACCGAGGAAAGUCACUACGUGCUGGAUAUCGCCAACUCCCUGUACGUGCAGAACGGCUUCCACGUCAGCGACAAAUUCCUGCAGUUGGUCAAAAAAUACUUCAAGGCUCAAGUGGAGAAUGUGGAUUUCAGCCAAAGUGCAGCAGUUGCUGCCCAAAUCAACAAGUGGGUGGAGAAUCACACGAACAGUAUGAUCAAAGAUUUUGUGUCUUCAGGAGAUUUUGGUGCUCUCACUCAUUUGGCUCUCAUCAAUGCAAUCUACUUUAAGGGCAACUGGAAGUCACAGUUCAGACCUGAAAAUACAAGAACUUUUUCUUUCACUAAAGAUGAUGAAAGUGAAGUGCAAAUUCCAAUGAUGUACCAACAAGGAGAGUUUUACUACGGGGAGUUCAGUGAUGGCUCCAACGAAGCAGGUGGCAUCUACCAGGUUCUGGAGAUCCCCUAUGAGGGAGAUGAGAUCAGUAUGAUGAUCGUCCUGUCCAGGCAGGAGGUUCCCCUGGUCACCCUGGAACCACUGGUCAAAGCCUCCCUGAUUAACGAAUGGGCCAAUUCUGUAAAGAAGCAGAAAGUGGAAGUGUAUUUACCAAGGUUCACAGUGGAACAGGAGAUUGAUCUCAAAGAAGUGUGGAGAGGGCUGGGAAUUACAGAGCUGUUCAGCAGCAGUGCUGACCUCACUGCCAUGUCUGGUAACAAGGAACUUUACCUUGCAAAGGCAUUUCACAAGGCGUUUCUAGAAGUUAAUGAGGAAGGAUCAGAAGCUGCUGCUGCCUCAGGAAUGAUUGCCAUCAGCAGGAUGGCGGUGCUGUAUCCCCAGGUUAUAGUUGACCAUCCCUUUUUCUUUUUGGUCAGAAACAGAAGAACAGGUACCGUGUUAUUCAUGGGACGGGUGAUGCACCCCGAAGCAAUGAAUACAAGUGGCCAUGACUUUGAAAAGCUUUAACUGCCACCAGCUACCAAAAAAAAAGAGGAGAUAAGCACAUAAAGUUUGAAGUUAAUAUAUUUAAGGUUUGCUGUGUUUUCCCCCCCCCAAGAUAUUGUUUCAGACGCUUUCGGAUCUAACUGUGUGCAAGUCAGUUCCCAGAGGGAAGCUUACAGUAUUAAAGUAAUGGUUCUGUUUCUGUUGUUGUGAUUGCUGUGUCCUUAAAAUAAAGUUGUGUACAUGUCAA